AUGUCUAAAUCGAAUAUAGUAAUCAUUGGUGGUGGAUAUGGAGGCGUACCCACUGCCCAAAAACUUGAAGCCGCGUUACACAAAACACAUCGUAUUAUCUUAAUCGAGCGUAAAACUCACUACUGGCAUUCGGUCGGGGCUCCACGAACGGUCGCAGAAGACAAUUUCGAAUCUCAGCUUCUCAUCCCAUACGACAACCUCUUUAAACACGAUGGAAAGGUUAUCCAUGCAGCUGCAGUUCGACUGAGUGACAACGAAGUGACAUUGGACAAGGCCGUCGAUGAAUUUGGAGAUAAAGUACCAUUCAAGUAUGCUAUAAUUGCUACCGGAAGCGAUAGUGCUAAACCUGCCAAGAUUGAUGGAAGGAGCAAGAAAGAAAUAGUAAAAGAAGUUGAUACUUACCGGAGUGCAGUGAAGAAGGCAACAAGAGUGUUAAUUAUUGGAGGAGGCUCUGUCGGAAUCGAGCUUGCCGCUGAAAUAAAAACUACCUACAAAGACAAAAAAGUAACUGUCGUUCAUCCACAUGAAUUACUUCUCAAUGAUGACUUUCCAAAGAAAUUCCGAGACCAGGCUACCGUUCGUCUAAGAGCCCUAGGCGUAAAUGUCAUUCUAAACGAACGCGUCCAAUUUUCAGCUUCUGACAUAGGCAAUGGAGACAAUAAAGUUACCCUUGUAACGGACAAAGGCACUAAAAUCGAAUCGGAUGUUCAAUUAAUAGCCACCGGAAAUCACGUCAAUUCUGAAUUGGCGGGUACACUAAACUCUCAGUUAAUAGAACCCGAUACUAGAUUAGUCAAAGUACGUCCUACGCUACAACUCGACCAUGAAGGAUACGAACAUAUCUUUGCCUUGGGAGACGUUAAUAAUGUCAAAGAGACGAAAAUGGCACUCAGGGCCGGCCUUCAAGCAGAUGUGGUUGCCAAAAAUAUAAUCGCAUUGGCCAGCGAGAAGAAAUUAGUCGAGUACAAACCAGGGCCGCCAGUAAUGCUCCUUACUCUUGGUAAAGAUGGUGGAGUGGGGUUGCUUCCCAUGUUUGGUGGAAUAUUGGCUGGAAAUUGGCUGGUGAAAUUGUUUAAAUCAAAGAAUCUGUUUGUUAAUAAGUAUUGGAAAGAAAUAGCUGGGGGAUCACCACCUUCCUUGGAGAAUAAUACGAGUGGUGAUACGCGUAAAAAGGCUGUAAUGGAUGUACGUAGUAUGUUUUUAUUAGUAAUACCACUAUUAUAUGUAGGUAAAGUGAUUUUUAAUAAAGGGAGUUAA